AUGUGGAGGGUCCUGAUCGCGGGAUUUUGCACGGUUGCCGCCACCGUUGCCCAGGAUUACGAGGUCUCGGACAUUCAGUGCAGCGGCGCGGGAUCGGCGGCCGAUCUUCUGACAGCGAAGAUCAAAAGACCGGUCGGCUUCAGAGGCGCCCCGCUCUUCGCCGACGACAGAUCGGCGAAUCCACUCGCCGAUAUUCACUGCCAGAUCAAACCCGACCCGAAUGAUCCGCAGGAGGAUAACUACUUCCUGAAGGUGUCUGACUUCUCCCGAUGCGGCAUCCUCAAGAGAAACGGAUUCAUUCAUCUACGAGUGUGGUUUCCCGCCUUUCCUGGUGUGGUGAUGCUGGCCGACCAGGAGCUGAUCCUGAUGUGCCGGCCGCCCGAGCCGACGCUGCUGAGGCACAAGGCCGCUGGCUUCGCCGGCACUUUUCCGCACGGCGCCAGAGUAUCCGGGGUUGUGGAGGAGACGCCGGGUCGGCUCGAAUACGAAGUGGCCCUUUAUCGCGAGGCGACCGGCAACAUGUCCGAUAGCUCGCAGACGGUCGAUCAGGCGGUACCGAUCGGCACCAAGCUGCAGCUGCGCGCCCGCAUCAGCCCGGACAGCGCAUGGGGCUACAUUAAGUUGCUGGAGGUGACUGUCAGUCCGGACCCGGAUCAGCCUCACGCCCCCGGUAGCGUCGUACUCGUCAAGGACGGCUGCAGGAAUCGCGAUUUCGCGUCCAUCAUCCCGCAUCAGCCGGCGAGAUACCGUGAGCGCAAAAAUGAGGUCUUCCUUGACUUUGAGGCUUUCCUGCUAAGCUCGAUGAGGGAGCGCUCCACCCUCUGGAUUCAUUCCCAGAUAAAGGCGUGCAUGGAGCCGCAGGACUGUCAACCGGACUUCUGUCUCGAUCUCUUCGAACCCUCGGGACACGGGAGAAAGAAAAAAAGAGCGGUCGAGGCGAGCAUAGAAGCAUCGGGCGAGUUUCUUCCAAAAGUUGAGCGUUUGAUCAAAAGAUAUAACGAUUCCACGCCAUAUACAAAGUUCAAGGAGAACAUUGAAUAUACCGUGAUGAUGCCAGAUGAGUUGUACGACAAAGUAGCGGCCGGCCUCGAAGGUAGCUGCGGAAAUUUCCUUUACGUGGCAACGGGAUUGGGCGCUCUACUAGUGUUAUCAGCUUUUAUCAUGUGCUACCUAGCAUCGCGUCUUCACAAUCUGUCCUCGACGAUGCAGCAGAGCAAAUCUAUCGACGAGUUGGUCAGAGACCGCACUAGAAAAUAUUGCGACACCACGCCUGGUUAUACCGGUCGUUCGACGAUGCAAUAAGUGCACGAUUCAGGAAGAAAAAAAUGCGAAAGUAGUAUUUUGUCACGCAAUAAAUAUACUUUUCGCGAAAUAUAUAUUAAGUUACAACGUAAUGCGUAUAAUUAAUGCAACGUUAUAACGAUACUUGGAAACUAAACUGAGAGAUAUUUAUUCGCGAGAGGGCAACUUGUAAGCCACGUUUGAUUUUCUACUUUGAGAGGGCAAAAAUACUUGUUCUACUUCAAAGAUACCGAGAUGAAUUUUAACGUUUCGUUACUAAUAAUUAUGUUGUAUUGCAACUUAUCGUAAUUAUGUUAGUAUCGAAAAGUAAUUCUCGCCGCGAGAAGAACUUUGAAAGGGAUUUCGAAUAACGUUCGGACGAGUGAACGACACCGCCCACCGAGGAAUAAAAAUAAUUCUCGUGACGUUAGAAUGCUCGAGGACAUUCGUGGUAGUAAACGAGUGUACUUACUUUCCAUGUAAAAUAAAAUCAAUUCGAGUUAAAACGAGACGGAUCUCUCAAAGCAAAGAUAACUUGAAAAUUUAUGAAAAAAAUUUGUCGCCAAAUUUAGAGUGCUACCUGGCACGCCAACGGAAUAUCGUUAGCUACUUUGCAAUGUAGAUAUGAUAGCCACGCUACACGUGUUUAUAUUUUAUGAGGAAGCACCGCUUAACACAGUUCUUCUACAUGAAUACAGAUGUAAACAGUC